CACUGCCCUUUCCCUGCCAUCUGCAGGCAAGUCUGAGUCGGGCCACCCAGGAGCAGAAGCAGUUGUCCGAGAAGCUAAGAGAGGAGGCUGAGCAGAAGGAGCAGUUAAGGAGAAUGAAGAACGAAAUGGAGAAUGAGCGCUGGCAUCUUGACAAGACCAUUGAGAAACUGCAGAAGGAGAUGGCCGACAUUGUCGAGGUGUCCCGCACGUCAACGCUGGAGCUCCAGAACCAGCUGGAUGACUACAAGGAGAAGAAUCGCAGGGAGCUUGCAGAAAUGCAAAGGCAGUUGAAGGAGAAAACCCUAGAGGCAGAAAAGUCCCGUCUGACUGCCUCAAAAAUGCAGGAGGAGGUAAUGCCAGGCCAGACCAGCUCCUGGUUCCACCCUUAUUCAGAGUACCCUUCCAGACUGCACUUCUAGGAAGACUGGGGGUGGAUUCUUAAGUCAACAUCACAUGCUUGAUUCCUCCGUCUUAACGCUCUGGAUGGUUACAUGGGAUCAAUGGCUUGCUAAGGCACAACGCACCCAGGACCUCUG